AUGACUGUUGAUGACUCUUGGUCUGAAACUCAGAUCAAUGAAAUUCAAUGUGGAAGAUCCAAGCUAGAAAAUGUACUUGAAUUACCUCAAAGAAUAAAGGGAUUUCAAACAUCUGUAGAAUCAGAUGCAAAUACGACUAUAGUAGUAGAUAACUUUGGACUCAUAAAUGUUCAGUCACCCUUUUCAAGGGUAUACUAUGAUAAUAUUACGAGGGAGAAUUUAAAUGCAAAUUUGUAUAGUACACUGGGAGACAUUUUAGAAGCGUGGUAUCACUUAAGUACUCAAACGAAUCUGCAAAAUAUGGCAAUUUUGAUGAAGAAGGUGAAUAUAUAUAUAGGAAGGCAAGGGAUGUGUAAUUUAUUACCCGUAAGUAUUCAAUUUCAACGUUUUUUAACAGGCUAUGAUAAUCCUAAGAUUGUACACCUACACUUUACGUACUUGAACUCUUGUCUUGCACUCUCAAGUGGUCCAAUAUCUUUUUCAUCACUAAUUACAUUGGUAUUUGGGAGUCAAGAUAGUUCAAUAUCUCAUGAAUUGUAUAGCUUGUCAAUACAUGAUAUUCAACCCUUAUUAUUAAUGCUUUCAUCUCAUUAUUUAUCUAUAAAUUGGAAUUUCGUCUAUGAAUCUAUUCCAGGUUUAUCGAGAAUACAGAAAAAUUAUAUAAAUAGUUCACAAAUACACAAAAAUCAAGAAAACUUUAAUUCAACAGAACUAUACUCUCUGCAUACUCCAAAAUACUCUAUACAUUUGAGUUCUUAUUGGAUAUUACGUGACUGCAUCUUUUUGGUUUUUGCUCAAAUAUAUCAAAAUAGUGUUAAGAAUUUUUAUGAUGAUUUUUCAAAGACUCUUUGUAGUUUAUUUAAGGAUUUAACACAUCAGAAGACACUUUUACUGGUAGGGCCUAAGCUAUCUCAUUUACCGAAUACAAAUAAAUGUUUAUAUCCUGAAGAACAAUGUUGUAUUACUUCUACUAUCCCUAUAUUAGAGGUCUUUAUACAAUUUCUCAAGUUAUCUUUAGAUUCAAAUUCAUUUAUAAAAUUAAUUUUGGCUAGAUUACUAGGUACACAAGCAGAAGAGGAAACUGAGGAGACUAAGCUCAAUAAAUUUAGUCGGAAUACCAGAAAUUUGCACUCUCUAGGAAGGUACCAAAUCUCAGUUCUCAAUAUUUUACAGCAAGUACCUAGCUUUAAUGAUUGUAUAAAUUUUUUGACUAGAGGUAACGAGUUUUUAUUGGUCUAUCCAUUGCCUUCACUGUUAAGAAGAUUCAGAUAUUACAUUCGAAAUAGAAAGAAAUUGAGAUUGGAAAAAGAAAAUAUUCACACUAAUUCUAUGAAUCAAAGUAUUCAAGAGGAUCUAUUACGUGGUUAUUUCCCUAGAGUUAUGCUAAGAUUGUCUCUUGAUAAAGCAAAUUUAGUUUGGGAAUUUGUCUCGGAUCAAACCCAUAGGAAUUCAAAUAUACUUGAUACUAAUAAAUCCUCUAAAGGUUCUAGAUGGUCUGAUAUCUGGUCUAAAAUAGCUCGAAGAAGACUUGUAAAGCAUAAGAUUCCAAUGGGAAAUAUCACAUUUUCCUAUAUAGGGUAUCCUGUCUUUCCAGACAACUUACCUUUACCUAGUCCAUUUUCAUCUUCAUCAUGUUUCUGCUGCAGUAGAAAUAAACUGGAUGAGACAACUCUUUUCUUUCGUACAAUGACUAUUCGAUCAAAAGAUACAACAUUUAGAUUUCUUUCAACAGAUAUUCCUACUUUAUGUCUUAAGUUCUGGAUUGCAACUAUUGAACAGUUGUCCUUGUAUGAAAAAGUAAAGAAAUCUGUAGAACUUAAAUUAUCUUGUAAAGGGCCAUUGGAAUCAUCUAAAAAAGACUGGAAUAAUAGAAUUUUAGAAAAUAAACAAAUAGAAACAUAUUCAAUUUUCAAUAGAACCUAUUCAAAUUCAAAUGCUGAUUUAACACAUAAUUUAAAUAUAAAUAGAUUAACCUUUGAGCAAAAUAGAGAUGAUUUCGAAGUAUUAGCAAAUAUAGAUAAUGAGAAAUUAUCAAAAUCUAAAAAUUCAAGGGAUUCUUUAAGUUACACUAGUACACUUCAAGAUACCCAAAGUAAUUUAAAUGACCUAACUUCUAACUUUACAAAUUUACAGGAGAAAAAAAGGAAAUCUUUAGCUUUCUCCUUAGACUCUAAUGCAAACUCUAUAGAUAGAGAACACCUUGCAUGCCAUAAUAUUCGAAAUUCAUCUGAAUAUUCAAAAUUCCUGGAUGAAGUCCAAAAUUGGUCAAAUUUAUUGAGUACUUCUCAAGUAAUACAGCGAUGGUAUGAAGAUAUCCUACCAAAUUGGGGUGCACAUUGGAACUGUGGUUCAAUACCUGUUUCAAUUCAAGAUAAAUCUACACAUCUUCAAUCCACAAAUCGCAUAAAAUAUUACCAAACUUAUUUUAAAUACUUUGUAAAGAGAUAUGUUAAAAUAUCUACGGGAGAAAUUUCAAUAGAUCACUUGAUGCAAUGGUUCUUUGGGUUACACUGGUUAAAUCAAAAUACUAAUCUCCAUACUUUUGGAGUUAGAUCUAAAACUAUGGGGUUAAAAACUUUGUCAAACUGGAAGGCUCAAAUGAGUGACAAUCACCAUGCCAGUAAUUCCUGGCAUUAUUUCUUGUAUAAUACAAUUGGCAAUAUGUAUCCUUUAUAUUCUCUACCUAUAGUUGACCGUGGAGUUCGUUUUGAUGCUCCUAACUCACUUUUACUAAUAAAUUUAUGGAAUAUAGGUAUUCCGUGGAAUUUAAGACAUAAGAUCUGGCCUAUUGCUCUCAAUGACUACAGAAAGAUAACUCCAGAACUAUUUUAUAUUUGGCACUUAGAAGCUAUCUUUAAUUUAAAGGAUGCAAAAGGUGAUAAUAGGAUAGCCAGUAUAUUAAUGAGAUAUGCCGUGGAAAUACAUAAUAUAUUUUACAAACAUUAUGACGAGGAAACUUGGUAUUCUACUUCCUCUUUUGCUUGGCUCUUUUGUAAAACUUGUGGAUUUGGUCAACAUUGGGAUGGCAUAUUAGAAUGUGAUGAUCAAAUAAAUACAAAUACUUUAAUUGAAAGCGAGGAAUACUUUAUAAGCCGCGAUUUUGUAUCAGUGGUUGGCUUGAAUACUGAAAAUCGUAAUUCAGUAGAGCUUGGUAAUAAGAACUUUUUUAAAGAUGUAGAUACUCAAACUUCAAGAGUAGACAACUCAAAAAUCUUUCCUGGUACCCACUUUAUAUCUACAAAUGCUCCAACUCCAUCUGGUCCUUCUAUUGGAUUUUCUUCACUCGAGACUUUAACAUUAACUAGAUUUAUCCAAUCACAUGGAACUCCUCGAAUGAGCAACCUGGAAACAAGUAUAACUAAUUCUACUGAUGCAGAUGUCAAAGUCCACUCAUUUCUUGAUGAAAAUCCUUUAAAACAAACAUGUACUAUUGCAAAAGGUAUUUUAGAUAUAUUAGGAGCCUUGUUAGCCCAUUCACCAAAUUUAGGAUUUCAGCCAAACCUGAUCAAGUAUAUAGCAAUACUUUUCAUCUAUAUGGAUACUCCAAAUGUCUUUAAAUGUAUUUUGAAUUUAAUGGGAUCUAAUAGUUAUCUUAUUGGAUCACAAAGUAUCUACUGUCAUUCAAAUGAGCAAGAAAAUACAUCUAAAAAUCCUCAACCCUACGUAGAAAACCUAUCAACUAAUGCUGAUUAUAUACAUACCUACAAAUCUAUGAGUUGCUUUACUUCUAGGACAGAUACAGAAUGGUUACUAAUUUGCCAUACAUUCCAGAGUUGCGUCUAUGUAACAUUCCCCCAAUUGUAUCAACAUCUAAUUUACACACUCGAUAUACCGUUUGAAAGCUUUGUCAUUACCUGGUUUCGAUCAAUCUUUAUGGAUAUUCUUCCGUUAUCUACAGUUCUAGUAGUCUGGGACAAUUUCUUACUUUUUGGUCUUCCCUUUCUAUUUCAAACUGGACUUACUAUUUUAAAAGUUAAUCAGGCAGAAAUUUUGAGAUGUAGUAAUUCAUUACAUGCACUUCAUGCAUUAUUAUGUGUAUCUAAAGACAGAUUCAAAAUAAACCCCCAAGUUUUUGUAGAAGCUCUAAAUCAAGUAAGAAGAAUAUGUGAUAUUUCCUAUAUAUUAUCUAUAAUUUCGCAGUUCAACUUACUGGAACAAAAACGAUGGAUUUUAAAAACUCAGCAAGCUAUAAAGUCUUACUUGGUAAACAGUGGACUAUAUGGUACUUCUACUCCAAGCACCCCUAGGCAAAAAAAUACAUUUAAGACGUCAAAUAAUGAAACUAUAAAUCUUAACACAUAA